UGGACAAGGUUGGGUUGGCCAAGUGGCCAGUCGCGGUUUGUGUGCCAGCGGACCCGCACGUACUGGCCGCAGCCAGUGACCGACAUACGCAUCCCGCGCUUCCAUAUUUGAAAACACGUGAAUUUGUGUCCGGCAACCCUAAAGGAAAUUAAAAAGACCGGCACCAGCGGGAUCCAAGAUGGCGGCGACCAAGUACUCGCACCCGUUCAUGAGCGGCCUGAAGGCUCUGCCUGAAGGCCACGAGGACGACAUCCAGCAGAUCAAGGAGUGGAUGAAGGGCCAGCCGCACCUCCCCUACAUCUCGGACGAGUUCAUCGUCCUCUUCCUGCACUCCAACUACUACAAGGUGAAAGAGACGAAAGACACCAUCGAGUGCUAUUUCACUCUACGGACGAACACGCCCGAUCUGUUCUCCAAUAGAGACCCGCUGUCGCCGAAGAAUAAGGCUAUUCUGGACAUCGCAAACAUGGUGGCGUUCCCUGACAAGACAUCCGAGGGUUUCCACGUGCUUCUCUACCGGCUGUCGGACUUCGACUACAGUAAACUGAACUUCGCCGACGCCGUCAGAGUGUUCUGCAUGUUUAAUGACGUGAAGUUGUCUGAGGAUCGCCUGUCGGACGGCUACAUCGUCAUCUUUGACAUGAAAGGAUGCAGUCUCGGCCAUCUCACCCGGGUCACGCUGCCGGCGCUCCGGGCCUUCAUGAACUAUAUCCAGAACGCCCACCCAUGCCGCCUGAAGAAGAUCCACGUGGUCCACACCGUCUCCUUCAUCAACCAGGUGAUGUGUCUGGUGAAGCCGCUCAUCCACUCCAACCUGCUCAACCUCCUCAACUUCUCCUCAGAAGGCCCCGCCUCCGUAGUCGACCCCCAAGUCCUGCCCGAAGACUACGGCGGCCCGGCGCCUCCAGUGAAACAACUGCACGCGGAACAAAGGAAAAAUAUGGAGGAGAACUACAGGGAUUGGCUGAUAGAGACCGAGACCUUCAAGACGGAUGAGAAGAAGAGGGUGAAGAAGCCCAGCAGAGGCAUGUUCGCGUCCCUCACUAGCAGCUUCAAAAGCCUCGACAUUGACUGAUUCUUGACGUCGGGUUAUACUGUUUUGUUGCGGGAAUUAAUAAGCAUCUCAUUCUACUUUCUGCUGAAUUUUUGUGUAUGGUAUGACAGAGUUCGCUUAGGUCUAUCCGGACGUAGGCGACAUCUAUGUGCGAUCCUCAGUGAAGUACCUAGCAUUUUUCACAAACGCCAGUGAUGCCAGGCAAUAGCCAGUGAUAAUUAGAAUAUCAUUGAGGAAAGCGCGAACCUUUAGAUAAAUAAAAGAGGAUUGAGAUGGUUUCAAUAAUUUCCCGCAUCAGAAAGCAUAGGUUUUUUAAAAGUCUUUAAUGAUUGUGUGACUUACUUAAUUUUCUUAAUUUCAGAGUUAAAUUUGGAAUUGUUUUUAACGUUUUUAUUCCCUUUUUGAAUACUUUUAUAAAUCUUUUACUGUUUUUUAAACCAUGUACCUUACCUGUUAUUAUUAAUAAUAUAUUUUUCGAAUGUUGUUGAAGAUUCAGACAUGUUGUUUGAUCUUAAAUUGUAUAUAGUACGGCUCUCAGGGUGAUUUUUAUAAUGUUUCUGAGUGUAAUAUAAUUUCAAACUUCCUAGUGAUAGCGUAGAGUUACCAUGUUAUAUAAAUGUAUAAUUAUGUUUAAUCCUGACGCAAUUUGUACAUAAGACACGAGUUAUGUAAUGUAAAGCAUGGAACAAUUUUAGAUUAGGAAAGCUACGCUUUAAAAUAUUAUAAUUAGAUUAUUUUUGUAUAUUGUUGACUGAUAUUUUAGAAACUAUCUUAUAAAGUCUUCUUUGUAUCACCAA